AUGUCAUGUGAUACAUCGUUGGAAUCAGCUCGAUUAGUAGAAGUCGGCAGUGAGUUAGCGACUAGUGAAGGCGAAGACCUCAUCAAAGAGCAGCUGAACGACCAUUUGGUGGACAAUGAGAGCGACGACGAGAGUGUGGGUCCUGUCGAUGACAACUCAUCCAUCAGUAGCUCAGACAUCGAUAUAUCGGAUGUGGAGGACGGCCACGAAGACCGCGGACCCACUGAUCCCGCGGAAGGCGAAGGCGUUUGGAACGACGAGUGGAACGCUGUGGAGGAAGGGCUGUCGCACACCGGCAGACAAUUGCUGGACAUUAACGCCAAGAAUGAGUCCAUCAAAGGGUUGGUCACCAAAUGCGUCGGCGAUCACGAGAUUGUCGUCGACGACAAGCAUCGCAUCAAAUACACUAGGUCCACUUUUGGGCGACUCUUCGACGGCGAUCUCAUUGAUGUGGAGACGAAUGCGAACCACGAAGUAGUGGUGAAACCGAUCCGCUAUAAGAUCCUGACGGGAAAGAUCACUGAAUACCAGAAGAACUACUUGCGGUACAUAUUCUCCAAACAUGCUGUCAUUCGGCGAACCGAAGACACGGAACACUUGACUGUCGGAGACGUGAUUAAAGUGAUUGCAAUUGAGACCCGAAAUAAUGUAUACAAUUGGAGAGCCAUUCCCUACAAUAAACUCUAUGAUCCGGAUGAGGGGAAUGUGGAUAAAGUGGACGCCUUUACCAAUGAACUGAUGGACAAUAAGAACUCAAUGAUAAUAACAGACAAAAUCAGUUUCGGAGAUAUGAUACUCGGCUCGAAGAAAGAGAUUUUGAUUUACAUUAAAAAUCGCGGCGAAAGAGCGCAGAGAAACCACAGCACACUCCGGCUUCUUCCCCUUGUUGUCCAUCCCAAAGUGAGUAAGUACCUCAGAAUGCCAUUCGGCUCACUUGGCGGUAAACUUUAUGGCCGGUUUAGCCUCAGAAUACACUUUGACAUAUGCGAUGCGAAAUAUAGCGGCGAUUAUACGGAACUCCUUGUGUUCGCAUUCAAUGGCUUCAAAAUCGGACGUUUCGUAUCCGUGACAGUCGUUGAGAACUUGAACCAAUUCACAGACAGUAGGCGCGGCCGACGCCGUAUAUACGGCGCAGACACGUGGAUAAUGGCCGGCGAGAGGGUAUGGAAUCCCUGUAAGCAUAUCUUCGACAAACUCCAGAACUAUAAGGUUCCCGAAGCCUUGUGGAGAGCCAUCGAAAACAAUUGGUCCGUCGACUCGGUCGCACCGGAACUCAAUGAACCGCUCACUCAAGACAACUAUAGACUCAAAUUUCACGCUUUGAUGUACUUAGAGGAGUGUCAAAACGUACUCAAUCUCCAGAGUUACGACAUGAAUGGGGUUCAGUUCAGACGUACCGGUCGAUUCCUGGCCCUGACUGUGCCGGGACUGGCAGAUGGCAGACCCAGUCUUAUAAUUAGUGAUAAAUUGAUUGCAUUUGACGAUAAAUCUCUCGCCAGUGCCGAGAAAAAGACUAUCGGUUACGAAGCAUUCAUUCACGACAUCAAAAAGGACGAGAUUCUUGUGCGCUUUCACGAGGACUUUCACCGGGACUUCGAUGGCGGCACUUAUAAAGUGAUUUUUCAUUGCAGCCGGUAUUGGAUCGUAUCCUUAGCUCAUUGGUUACCUAUUAAAGUGUAUUUGUUAUUCAGCACAACAUUCAGGCGCUGUCAUCACGCUAUUGAUCUGUCGCCCCAUUUGGUCGGACAGGUGUUGUUCCCCAACAAAGUGAUUCUCAAACAGCCCUAUAAGAGGAUUCCGUUUGAAUCGAUUGAUUGGUUCAAUAAGUCGUUGAAUUUGCAACAGAAGCUGGCGGUCAUCGGCGCCCUUAAGGGCCACUCCCGACCCACGCCUUACAUAAUCUUUGGUCCGCCCGGCACUGGAAAGACUGUUACAAUCGUUGAGACCAUUCUUCAGGUGUUCGAUAAGAUCCCUGAGAGUCGGAUCAUAGCGUGCACUUCAGCCAACAGUUCGGCCGAUUUGAUUGCAAUCAAACUGUUAGAAAGCGGUCGCGUCUCCCCUUCCGACUUGACUCGUCUCUCGGCAUUGCAUCGUAAGUCUCACUCCAGACAUACCAUUGAUUUGCGAGUAUUGAGUGCUGUGUUUGGGUUU